AUGUCAGACUCCAAAUCCAAUCCCGUUCCGGUCAUCCUCCCUCCAAACUACACCUCAAUAACAGCUUCAGAAUCGUUUCCAUCCCCGGACUAUGGAACAGUGACAUGGCAUACCCUCUUCUCUGCCCCGAAAACCAACACCUCGGACAUGAGCGCCGGGAUAGCAGUCUGCUCACCGCGGACCGGACAUCUGUGCCCACACAGACACAAACAAGCAGAGAUUUAUUAUAUUAUUGAAGGGCAGGGGGAGGUCACAAUUGAUGGAGUGAAAAGCCCGGUCAGCAAGGGAAGCACGGUGUUCAUUCCCGGUGAUGCCGAGCACGGGAUUGUGAACAGCGGAGAGGAGGAGCUGAAGUGGUUCUACGUGUUUCCCACCGGAUCGUUCGAGGAUGUCAUUUAUCGGUUUUCGAAAGAUGAGAGGAGGGGAGCGCAGUCCAGCUCUACUCUAUCCCGAUGUCGGCGAUGCGAGAGACUCAAUCUGGCUUGCACUUUUCUGUCACCAUCGAAGAUCCGAGGGCCUAAGAAACGAGCAAAUUCCGCCGAACAAGUUGAUCGUCAUACGCCCCGUACACAGUACUGGACGGACGAUAUUUGCGACCGAGAUCUAUUCGAGACCAUCAUGCAGGAUUAUCUAACAUACCUGUAUCCGAUGGUUCCAAUAGUUCAUCGCCCAUCAUUCAAAAAAGCCCUCCAGGAAGAGCACUAUGAUGAAGGCUUCUCCGCGCUAACAGCCACCAUCGCCGCGCUGGUCGUGGCGACCAUGCCGGGAAGAUUUCAGGCCUACCAAGCACACGACCCACCGCUCAGGUUUUCGUCUCGAAAAGAGAUGGUGCAUUUUUGCUAUCAGAAGGCUAUGGCUCUACGAAGACCGUCCUAUUACGAUCAUCUUAAUUUCCAAAAGUUUUCUAUCUCCUACCUUUUGUUCGCUGCGUUCUUGCAACUCGGAGAUCAUAAUUGGGGACGGAUGGUGAGUGUCGAGGCGUUUCAACUUGCUCGAUUAUUGAAUCUGCACUGUAUAUCCGAAUAUCAAGGUCUGAAUUGUAUCGAAACACAACUUCGGAAAAAAGGCUUUUGGUUACUUUUCUACUCUCAUGUGCACGGAACAUCACAAAGUGUUCUAGGCGAACGUUUGUCCUACUUGGACAAUGUCACCAUGCAAUCGAUCAACCCAGAAGACCUGAUGCCCUUAGAGGUACCAGACGAAUCCAUUCUCGAGAAUGAAGUGUUCAUGCCCGCCGACCCAGCGCCAUGUCUGGAAACCGGCUUCGUCCUCCACUCCCGAGUAUUCUGGGCCGCAAUCCGGGCCACAUGUCCGAAGACGGCUGCCGAAGAUCCAUGCCCGUGUAUCCGAGCACACCACCCCCAGCUUCAAAUAUCAUAUCUCCAAGAACGGCUAGCAAGCCUCAAGCAUAUACUGGAUGAUAUCCCCGUCGACUUCCAGGUUUGGCAAUCUGAAGGGCGGAACAAAGAUCUAUCCACAACAACAGACUCCCAAUACUCGUCUUUGCGGGUAAAUAUUCAUGUUACACAUCUGUGGCUACAGAGCCUUAUUAUGGACCAGCUGGAAGCUACGCAUGCACAUCAACAGGAACGUGGUUUGUCUUUGCACACGAUCGAUCAAAGGGCGAUUUGGGGAGACAGAGAAGAACUCUGUCGUCGAUUGUUCUUCAUCAUUUAUAAUUUUCCUCCGCUCAGCUUGGAGACUAACGGACUGCAUCUUGCGAAUAAAGUGCGAGAUAUUUCGGCUAGUCUACUCGCUUGCCCGUUUGGCCCUGAUGACCCUAUCUCUAAACGGGUGGGUGAGUAUGUGCAACAGUCUACUGAGACGUGGGUGGAUACGGAUCGUAUUCGAGAAUGA